GCCACCUCCUGUCCAUCUGUCCUUGUCUGAUGGGUCUUCUCGCCUCAGCCAGCCCUCUUGAGCGCCACCAUGGUCUCUCCAGCCAUUGCGUUGGCCUUCGUGCCCUUUGUGGUCACCCUGCUCAUCCGCUACCGCCAUUACUUCCUGCUCUUCUACCGCGCGGUGCUGCUUCGGAAGCUGCGGGACCACCUGACUGGCCUCCCCCGGGAGGAGAGGGCCUUCCGCUACGUUCUGACCCACGCCAUCCCUGGAGAUCCUCUGCACAUCCUGGAGACCUUCGACCAGUGGAGCUACCACUGCGAGUAUCUCAGCAACCUGGGACCCCAGAAAGCAAAGAUCCUCGAGCAACUGAUCAGUGACAAAGCCCCCCUCACCGUUUUGGAGCUGGGCACAUACUGUGGCUAUGCCUCCAUCCUCAUUGCACAAUCGUUACCGCUGGGCGCCCGGUUGUACACCGUGGAAAUGGAUGCGUGCAAGGUGUCUGUGGCUGAGAAGGUGAUUCGGCUGGCUGGCUUUGACGACGACACGGUCGAGCUGAUCGUGGGCCCUUCCGAGGAGGUCAUUCCGCUGCUCAGGGAGACCUUUCUGCUGCCCCAGGUCGACUUGGUCGUCAUGCACCACUGGAAACGCUGCUACCUGCCAGAUCUGCAGCAGCUGGAAGCUCAGGGCCUCCUCCAGCCGGGGGCCACCAUCCUGGCGGACAAUGUCAUCUUCCCGGGGGCCCCCCGCUUCCUCCAGUACGUCAAGGCCUGCGGGAAGUACCAAUGGCGGGUGCACCGGACCAGCCUGCAGUACUUCCGGAGCAUUCCUGAUGGCAUGGCCCAGCUGACCUACAUGGGUCUGGAAUGA